CUUCUUCAAACCCGGAAAAACCCUCAACACUUCCCUCCGUCUUCCUUAAACCCUAAACAAAAAAAUGGGUCGACCCGUGAAACGGACGACCCGAGAGAAGCCCAUGGAGGAGACUGAUGAUCCGGUUUCCAGUGCGUCACCGCCAUCUAAGAAAGCAAAGCAGCAAGACGGCGAUGUGGUGGAGUUGUUGAACAAGGAGAAAAAGAAGACCCGAAAGAACAAACCCGACUCCGAACUCUCCCUCGUCGGUCCGCCCGUUCCUGCUUCUGAAGCUCUGAAGAAAUGGCCGAGCAGAUACACUUACAAAAGCUCUUCAAAGAAGAAGAACGGAGCUCCCGCAGAGACUGCUACUAGUCGUGGAUCAAAUGAAGAGGAAGAAGUUCAGCAGGCAAAGUGCCAUUACACUAGAGCUUUAAUAGAUGGCUGUGUGUACAAUUUAGGUGACAAUGCUUAUGUCAAGGCUGAGGAUGGAAAACUUGAUUAUAUUGCUAGAAUCAUUGAGUUGUUUGAAGGUACUGAUGGGGAGCUAUACUUUACUGCUCAAUGGUUUUAUAGAGCAGAUGACACAGUCAUCAAGGACCAUGCUAACCUUGUUGACAAAAGGAGAGUGUUUCUGUCAGAUGUUAAAGAUGACAAUCCACUGAAUUGUAUUGUGUCUAAAGUAAACAUUGCUCAAGUUGCCCCAAAUGUGGACUUGAAGGCAAAGGAGGAAAAAAUUCCUCCCUGUGACUUGUAUUGUGACAUGAAAUACUCAUUGCCUUACUUGACUUUUUCAAACAUAAUCACAGAAAUUGAUAAAAGAGAUAGUGAUACAUCAACUAUUUCAAGUGAGAGUAGUUCGGACAACACCACUGGUAAUUCUGAGAUGCGUUUGCUGGACUUGUAUGCUGGUUGUGGUGCCAUGUCCACUGGUUUGUGUAUUGGUGCGUCAUUAUCUGGAGUAAAAUUAGUAACUAGGUGGGCUGUUGACAUAAAUGCUGCUGCAUGUAAAAGUUUGAAAUACAAUCAUCCUGAGACUCAGGUGAGGAAUGAAGCAGCGGAAGAUUUUUUAUCUUUACUAAAGGAAUGGGAAAAGUUGUGUCAGCAAUUCUCAUUGUUUGGUUCAGACAAUGAGCCAGAGCAGAGUUUGAACUCAGUUAGCAAAGAAGAAGAAGAAGAUGAUGAAGAAGAAAAUGAUAGAGCCUCCAAUGUUUCUGAUGAAGAAUUUGAAGUGGAAAGGUUAUUAGCUGUUUGUUAUGGUGAUCCUAACAAAGUGAAGAAACCUGGAGUGUAUUUUAAGGUGCGCUGGAAGGGAUACGGUCCUAGUGAGGACACAUGGGAGCCUAUUGAGGGCUUGAGUAACUGCGAGGAGAAACUGAAAGAAUUUGUAACAAAAGGGUUUAAAUCAAAUAUAUUGCCACUUCCUGGUGAUGUUGAUUUUAUAUGCGGGGGGCCUCCAUGUCAAGGAGUUAGUGGUUUCAAUCGUUUUAGAAACUCCAAAGCUGCCUUGGAGGACAUAAAAAAUCGUCAGCUGUUAGUAUUCAUGGACAUUAUCGAGUUUCUAAAGCCAAGAUAUGUUCUAAUGGAGAAUGUUGUAGAUAUUGUAAAGUUUGCUGGUGGAUUUCUAAUUCGUUAUGCUAUAGGACGUCUUGUUUCCAUGGACUAUCAAACUCGACUAGGGAUGAUGGCAGCAGGUUCUUAUGGUUUAGCACAAUUUCGGAUGCGGGUUUUCUUGUGGGGUGCCCAACCUUCUAAGAAACUACCACAAUAUCCAUUGCCAACUCAUGAGGUCUUAUCUAGGGGUCUUAUUCCAAAUGAGUUUGAGGAAGUUGCUGUUGCAUAUGCUAAGGACCAACCUUUUCACUUAGAGAAGGCGGUUUGUCUUGAUGAUGCAAUAUCAGAUCUCCCACCAGUUACAAAUGAUGAGAGUCAGGAUGAGAGGAAGUAUGGGACGAUAGCUCGCAAAGAGUUUCAAAAAUAUAUCAGACUAAAGCGAAACUAUGUGGUUAGUCUUUCGACUCCUCAAAAUGCCCCACGACCUGGGUUAUUGUAUGAUCAUCGACCAUUGAAACUGAAUGAAGAUGAUUAUGAAAGAGUCUGCCGUAUUCCCAAAAAGAAGGGUGCAAACUUCAGGGACCUACCAGGUGUCUUGGUUGGUCCAGAUAAUAAGGUAGUUUGGGACCCUUCCAUGGAAAGAGUGAUGCUUAAAUCUGGGAAACCAUUGGUCCCUGACUAUGCCAUGACCUUUAUCCGUGGAACAUCAACCAAACCAUUUGGCCGUCUAUGGUGGGAUGAAAUUGUUAGCACAGUUGUGACAAGAGCGCAGCCUCACAAUCGGACUCUACUUCAUCCUUUACAAGAUAGAGUACUCACUAUCCGUGAAAAUGCAAGAUUACAAGGAUUCCCUGACUGCUAUCGACUUUUUGGCUCUGUCAAAGAGAGGUACAUACAAGUUGGGAAUGCAGUGGCUGUCCCGGUUGGCAUUGGACUGGGAUACACUUUUGGUCAGGCUUGCCAAGGAUUAUCGGAUGACCAGGCAUUGACGACUCUGCCUUUCAAGUUCCCCAACUGUCUUGCACAGUCAUCUUCAACUCAAGUGGAGGAAGAUGAUUCUGACUGAAAUGGUAAGGAAACACAGAUUAAUUUUAUCCUCCCUUUAAUUUUCUGGCUGAUCUGAGAUUAAGUCAUUUGAAUACGAUGUCAGUAAAUUAUAAUUCAACCUCAUUGAAGAACUAAUAGCAUUCUUGCUGAGGAUGAUUCCAGCAUAAACUCAACUUUAAAAUCUAUUUCUAAGUGCUAUGAUUGAAAAGCAAGAUAACUCCUUAAACUUUAUUUUCUUUUCA